AUGGCAGCCAGCUGUGCUUUGGUUGGAUUGAGGAAGAUUAAAGAGCUCAAGGAGAAGAUGCAAAGUUCUGGCAUGCCGUGGCCCGGGGUUGAAGGUGCAGAGAGAUGGGAACAAGCAUGGAUGGCCAUAAAGAAGGUGUGGGCCUUAAAGUGGAACAAGAGGCCAUACUUCAGCACAAGAAAAGUGAAGCUUGAUCAUGACUGUCUUUGCAUGGCUGUCCUAGUUCAAGAAAUAAUAAAUGCUGAUUACGCAUUCGUUAUCCAUACUACUAAUCCAUCUUCUGGGGAUUCAUCAGAAAUAUAUGCUGAGAAUGAGGUAAGAAGAGUUUUCAAUGGCGAAGAUCUAGAAGGUUAUACUGGUGCUGGGCUUUAUGACAGUGUCCCAAUGGACGAAGAGGAUCAAGUGGUGCUUGAUUACUCAUCUGAUGCAUUAAUGGUUGAUGGCGACUUUCGUCAUUCAAUUCUCUCUAGCAUAGCCGUUGCAGGAAAUGCCAUCGAGGAGCUCUAUGCAUCCCCUCAAGAUAUUGAAGGCGUUGUCAAGGAUGGAAAAAUAUACAUAGUCCACACAAGACCACAGAUGUGA